GGAGGGGCGCCUGCGCACUCGGUUGUCGUGCGGGGAGGAUGCUCAAAGGCUCUUUCCGGAGGCUUGUUGCUGAGGGAAAACGGUAGUUGCGGCAUUAACGGUCAGGGGUCUGCGACAGGUUCACACAGAGGACCAGCCAGCAACCCCAACUGUCGCCUGUGGGUUGCGUCCCCCUACUCCAGCGCCUCCUUAGCGACGCUCCCUGGCGCCAAGCCCGCCCGCCGCACGCUCUGAGCGCCGCCCACCACUUCCGCCCUCGGCUCCCACCGAGCAAGAUGGCUGAGGAGCCGGAGUCCGCUCUGCAGCUCCCACCCUCAACUGCGGCUGACGGCGAAGGACCUACGGAGGUCUCCCCUGAAACAGCCACUCCGGAGCCCCCUUCUUCCGCUGCAGUCUCCCCGGGAACAGAGGAACCUGCCGGCGACACCAAGAAAAAAAUUGACAUUCUGCUAAAGGCUGUGGGAGACACCCCUAUAAUGAAAACAAAGAAGUGGGCUGUAGAGCGAACUCGAACCAUCCAAGGACUCAUUGACUUCAUCAAAAAGUUCUUAAAACUUGUGGCCUCAGAACAGUUGUUUAUUUACGUGAAUCAGUCCUUUGCCCCUUCCCCAGACCAGGAAGUUGGAACCCUCUAUGAGUGUUUUGGCAGUGAUGGUAAACUGGUCCUGCAUUACUGCAAAUCUCAGGCAUGGGGAUGAACUACAGAGAAAAAGAUCUUGCUUACUUAAAAUGAAUUGUCAAAAAGGAAACAGCUGUGAAAAGUUUUGAUAUUUGUGGCAAGAGACUUAUGGAUAUGAUCUACUCAGCAUGUAUCUACUAUGACCCAUGUUUAUACAUAAAAAAAUCCAUAGAGUAGAUGGACUCAAAAAAAUGUGAUUUGUAUUAAAACACAAAUCAUCAUAAAAGAUUGACAGAGUAUACCCAUUACUACAGGUAUUGCUCCAGAUCUGCCUCCAAGAUAUUGAAAAGGAAAAUAAGACUGUAUAAAGCCUCUUUAUUAUCAGUUCUCAAAAUGACUGAAAUUGUUUGUAGAAUUAGCGCUCUGCUGAUUUUUUCCUACUGUAAAAGUCAGUUUACUAAAGGAUUCGUUUUGUGCUUGUCCAGGGAAGUUCAAUUUGUUUGAGAUAUGGGAUAUGCCUUUUCUCGUUUGCAUGUUUGUUUACAGUUGUCACCUUAUGAAACAAAGCUGCGUUGACCUGCUGGCUCUAUACCUUACACAGUCCAGUAGAGGGCAGCACAGCUGGCAGAAAGAGGCCGUUUGGUGUUAGAUCUUUGCCAGAUGAUAAUGGAGGAAAAAAGCUGUUCCUGCUCAUUUCUACCAAACAUCUAGCCAAGAGAGCACACAUGUUGACACACUGGAAGAUUGCUUUAGAGAAAAUGCAUGCUGUAGUUAUUGUAUUUGGAAACAGAAGGAAUUUUACAAAUUCUGGACGAAUGAUUCAUACAGCUCUUUUCAGUCCUACCAUAUAAUGAUUCUUGAGUCCCGAUGGUUAUAACUGUGGUGUUAGUCUGUCUCUUACUUUUACAGUGUCAAAAGCACUCAGUGAGUACACCUGGCAACAUCUUUAAGUUUUUUACAAUGCAUUUUCCAACUUGAAAAUGCUCAAAGAAUAAUUGAAAAAUAGUCUUAGAUUUUGUGUGUACUUCAUGCCAUGACUAAAAGUACCAUUUUUACUGAUGCUAUUAGACUGGUUGUUUGAAGUGAGAUUCAAUGUUUUUUCUUCAUUCUAUAUUAUAUUUGUAAUGCAGCAUUAAAAAAAAAAUUCCAGUAAAUUGAAUGGAAUAUCCAAACAGGAUCUGAGGUGCGUAUGAGAAUUCUAAGUGUUUAUUUUCAAAGAUAAUGGGAUGAUAUGAUUUUGUCAAAGGACUUUGAACUACACAUAUAUCCCCUAAACCCCAGAAUGUACUUUAUGGUUAAUGAUCUGCCAUACAUUAGCUUUAGGGAAGGCUAAGGAACAAUUCAGUUUACGGUGAUGAAAUCGCUGUUCAGUUCUCAUUUUCUGCCCAAGAAUAAAUGCUUAAGUCC